AUGCCGCUGCAGUGGGGGUACCAUAAUGGUGACAGUGGACAGCAGGAGACUGUCGGGGAGCCAGAACCUCCUCGUAACUGCAAGACACACAAAGCACGUACCAUCAUCGUAGCUGUUGUCCUCACCUCCGUGUCCUUGGUUCUGAUCGCUGCCAUCGCUCGUCUGGCAGUGCUGAGACCUAAGCUUCAGUCAACUGAUCUGGGGCCCCCUGCUGUGCCCUGCUGCCUGGUCGGCUGGGUGGGGUACCGAGGGAAAUGCUACUAUUUCUCUGAGACUGAAGGGAACUGGAACUACAGCUGGAGCAACUGCUCCUCCCUCGGUGCCUCCCUGGCUGGGAUCGACAGUGAGCAGGACAGGGAUUUCCUGCUGCGCUAUAAAGGCAACCCCCACCACUGGAUCGGCCUCCGGAGGGAGCAGGAGCUGGGCCAGCCCUGGAAAUGGGUCAAUGGCACCGAAUUCAACCACCUGUUUCCGAUAACAGCAGAUGGGGACUGCGCGUAUCUGAAUGACGAGAAUAGGGUCAGCAGCUUACGAUGCACCAGCAAGAGACACUGGAUCUGCAGCAAACCUGAUGCGUUUACAAAGGCAAAGGAGGCGGCAGUGGAAGGGGGCUCAUAA